AUGGCGCCCAUGUUUAUGUACGAGGAUCGAUUUAGGAUUGAUUGUCAACGACAACUCUCAUUCUGCGCACGACGUACGAAGUGCUCCAUCACAGCAAGGUUAUAUUUAGUUCACAGGGGUUGUCGGUACCGGUACAGAACCUGGAAGGAUUACGAGCAUCAACAGCGCGUCGACCUUACUCAAAUAGGCGUAAAAUACGUUACGCUAGUAAAAUCCCGUUCCCACAUCGCCAUCUUUAUUAUGUUGGAAUGUGCCGGUUCAAUUCGUGAUCAUCAACCGCAGUCUUUCUGA